AUGGGAAACACUGAAUUUAUAGUUGAGCUCAUUCGACACUAUCUAGAGUUAUUAUGGAAGAAAAAUGAUGAUGAGCAAACUAUAUUUCAUGUAGCUGUCACAUACUGUGAUGAAGGUAUCUGCAAUCUUCUGCAUGAGAUCGGCUCACUGAAGGAUAUGAUAACUCCUCUCAAGGACAAGGAAGGAAACAAUAUGUUGCAUUUAGUUGGGGAAACCGAAAUAAAUCGACUUCAAGAUGUUUCAGAAGUUUUUCAAAUGCAACGUGGACUACUAUGGUUCAAGGAAGUAGAAGUUAAUGAUGGAGCGUAUAGAAGAAUCUACUCUCUGCAAAUGAGAAGUGGAUGGUGGUUGCGACACUCAUAGUUUCUUUGUUUUUUCCAAGGACAAGUUUGUGAGACUUCAAUACGAUAUUCUAAUGGAUGUUUAUCACUAAUCACUUGUUUUUAAUGUAAAUGUAUUUUAUAAGCAUUGAUGCAUGAUGGAU